AUAUUUUAAAUUUUAUGAAUACAAUAAAUUUAAUAAUAUUCAACAUAUCGGUACCGGAAGUUUUGGAAAAGUAUUUCGCGCAAAUUGGAAAAAUUCAGAAAAACAAUUUGCUUUAAAAUCUUUUUUUAGUCUUGAUAACAUCAUUGUGAAAGAAAUCGUUCGUGAGUUGAAAAUUCAACGUGAAGUUAAUUUUCAUGAUAACAUUAUUCGAUGCUAUGGGAUAACAAAACUUGAGUCAGAUAAUCAUAAUAAUUAUUGGUUAGUAAUGGAGUACGCCGACGGUGGUAGUCUUCGAUGUUAUUUGGAGAAAAACUUUAACAAACUUACUUGGGACGAUAAAUAUAACAUGGCAUACCAGUUAUCUUGCGCUGUAUCAUGCUUGCAUAACGAAGGGAUAGUGCAUCGUGAUUUGCAUUCCUGUAAUAUACUUAUACGUAAUAACAUAAUCAAAUUAGCUGAUUUUGGAUUAUCCAAAAGAAUUGGAGCAUCAUCAAAUUUUCAAUCUAAAUUAUUUGGGAUGGUUCCUUACGUCGACCCAAAAAGUAUUAGUAGCCGAAGAAAUACUAAUAACCAAUCAACACAAAUGUAUUCAUUAAAUGAAAAAAGUGAUAUUUAUAGUUUAGGCGUAUUACUAUGGGAGAUAUCCAGCGGGCAUCCUCCUUUUUAUGCUGAAGGUGAACAAUAUGACAUUGGUUUAGCUUUGGAUAUUUCACAAGGUCAUAGAGAAACUGUUGUUCCUGAUACUCCUGAUGAAUAUGUUAAAAUUU